UGUUGUGUCUCUGGUCCGUGGUGGCUGAAGAAGGUUGAAGGUUGGUAAAUGUGUACAAACAGACUGAAUGUAAACAAUGGUUAUUCGCAUUAUAACAAACACGGCGGUGUUGCGUAGCAACCAGCCGUCCUUUAAAUGAUGCUUUCUGAAGCCGAACCCGCUCUGUGGUGGAUAAACUCGGGUUAAAACGUGCGAGUACUCUGGAUGUGAGAGUAAUCUGGACGCGAGAGUACUCUGGACGCGAGAGUACUCUGGAUGUGAGAGUAAUCUGAGUAAACAGUCUCGCCUCAUUGUUGCCACUGAGCUGGAAGCCGUGUCACCACGUGACUCCUCCAGUGCGCGAGCUGUUUGUUCAGAGAGGCAGAGGAAGAAGAAAGAUGGCGGCGGCUCCAGGCGAACCCGAGCGGGACGCCGGGCUAACGUUCUGAGCUUCCACAGCCGGGACACACAACCGGGGCUUCUCCGGGGUUUAGCGCACCGUCUGAAUCGGCCUCACGCUCCAGCUUGGCAGGGCUGCUGUUUUCGCUUGUGUCCUUGCGGGCUAGAUAAACGCAAAGAUUGAGGAUCGUACAAUAAUAGCUCUCCGCGUAUCAUGAGAGGGAAGCGGGGCAGGCCGCCCAAACCGCUACAAGCCGAGGAGCCGUCCCCUGCCACGGCCCGGGGGCUGCGGCCGAGGCGGAACCUGAAGCCCCGGUUGAGGGACAGCGGGGAUGAGGACGUCGAGAGCCCCACAAGGGAGCCAGCGAAGUCGGCUAAGAAGAGGAGAGGAGGAUCCGGCACGUCAACACGGGGCAGGGGACGAGGUAGAGGCGGCGGCGGCAGAGGAGGCAGAGGGGGUCGCGGAGGAAGGAGGACGGCUGCGUCCAAAGCGGUGGUGUACGACGACCACGAGAGCGACGAGGAGGAGGAGGACGCCGUGAGCCUGAGGUCGGAGGAGGAAGAGUUCAUCGAGGAGGAACCUCAGUCCGAGGAGGAUGAGGCCCUCAAAGAGGACUCUGAUUGCCUCGAAGAUGAUGAGCAGGAGGAGGAGGUGGAGGAGGAGGAGGAGGAGGUGGCGGAUGAUGCCAGCUACUGUACCGAGAGUAGCUUUCGGAGUCAGAGCACACACGCCAGCACCCCGGGGAAGAAAAAAGCUCGGGCUCCACGACCUCGCACUCCCAUCCUGGAGGAGAAGGAGAUCCCUCCUCUCGUGCUUCCCGACACCUCAGAGGACCUCCUGGUGCCCAACGAGGAGCUGCUCAACGCCAUCUCCAUCUACGAGGUGCUGCGGAACUUCAGCACGGUGCUGCGGCUCUCCCCGUUUCGCUUUGAGGACUUCUGCGCGGCGCUCGUAGGCCAGGAGCAGUGCACUUUAAUAGCAGAGACCCAUAUUUCCCUCUUGAAGGCCAUCCUGCGCGAGGAGGACUCCUCCAACACUACCUUCGGCCCCGCUGACCUCAAGGACAGCGUCAACUCCACGCUGUACUUUAUCGACGGCAUGACGUGGCCUGAGGUGUUGCGGGCGUACUGUGAGAGCGACCGGGAGUACCACCACGUCCUGCCGUAUCAGGAGAUCGAUGACUAUCCCUACGGCCCGCUUGGAAGUAAGAUCAAAGUGCUGCAGUUUUUAGUGGACCAGUUUCUAACCACCAACAUCGCCCGCGAGGAGCUGCUGUCCGACGGCAGCAUGCAGUACGACGACCACUGCCGCGUGUGUCACCGCCUGGGCGACCUGCUGUGCUGCGAGACCUGCUCGGCGGUCUACCACCUGGAGUGCGUGAAGCCGCCUCUGGAGGAGGUCCCGGAGGACGAGUGGCAGUGCGAGAUCUGCGUGGCACACAAGGUGCCCGGCGUCACGGACUGCGUGACGGAGGCUCAGAAGAACAGGCCCUACAUCCGCCAGGAGCCCAUCGGAUACGACCGCCACCAGAGGAAAUACUGGUUCCUAAACAGAAGGAUUAUUGUCGAGGAGGACGGGGAGCGCGACAAGAAGAAGAAGAAGAUCUUGUACUACAGCACCAAGGCGCAGCUGGAGGAGCUAACGGCGUGCCUGGAUAAGGAGUACUGGGAGAUGGAUCUGCACGCCACCCUGGAGGAGAUGAAGGAGGAGGUCCAGGCUCACAUGGACAUCACGGAGGACCUUACCAACAAAGCUAGAGGAAACAAUAAAGCCUACCUCACUGCUGUCAACGACGUGGUCACGGAGCGCUUGAAGGUGAAACGGGAGGCGGAGGAAGCGAAGCAGCGAACCACGGAAGCGAAGCAGGAAGCAGAAACGGGCUCCGCUAAGACGGCGGAGGGCGAGCUCACCUCGCAGCUCGACGGGGGCGAGCACAAAGAUGCCGAGCCCAAGGAGGACGCAAGUUCACAAGCAGCCGCCGCCCCCCCUGCUGCAGAGGAGAGCGAUCCUAACGCCGGCUCAGCCGCCCAUAAAGCGGAGUCUCUCGAACCUUUGAACAAGGAAGCGCAGCCUGCUCUCUGCACGAGCCAGGAGAGCGGGGACUCGCCUCCGUUGGCGAAGCAGGAGAGGACAGACGAGGACGAGAAAGCAGAGUCGAGCAGCGAAGACAAGCGCCCCGAUGAGUCGCAGGCACAAGCCCAAGAUCGGCCUCAGCAGCAGACUUCUCAGCCGGAGGCGAGUAGUGGCGGCAGCAGCAGCCAGAUUUCUGGAAGCGAGAGCCUCAGGAAACCAGAGCAGCCCGACCUCGCCGAUCGGUCCUCUCAGUCGUCUUUUACCAGCCAGGAUGGGACAGAUGAGUACAACGAGAGGGUCAAGGGCGACAGAGGGAGAACAGCGGGACGGGAAUCAAGUAACCAAACGCCCAGAGGCAGCAAAGAGUCGUCUCCUGUACGCUCCGACGGCGAUUCUUCGCGCCUCAGCUUCCUCAAACGGGACCUGACGGUGAACUUGAACAACUUGUUCAAACUGGGUCAGGAGGGUAAAUACAGGGUCUACCACAACCAGUACAGCACCAACGUCCUGGCCCUGAACAAGCAUCAGCACCGCGAGGACCACGACAAGAGACGCCACCUCUCCCACAAGUUCAGCCUGACCACCGCGUCCGAGUUCAAGUGGAACGGCUCCAUCUACGGCUCGCGGAGCCUGACCGUCUCCACCCUGCGCCUCACCAUCAUCCAGCUGGAGACCAACGUCCCCGGUCCGUUUAUGCAUCCUAACUGGGCGUCGCACAGGACCAACUGGAACAAAGCGGUGCAGAUGUGCAGCAAGGCCAGGGAGUUCGCUUUGGCCUUGGCUAUACUGGAGUGUGCCAUCAAGCCAGUGGUCAUGCUGCCUGUGUGGAAAGAUUCUCUCGGACACACGAGGCUACAUCGCAUGACCUCCAUGGAGCGGGAGGAGAAAGAGAAGGUGAAGAAGCGAGAGAAGAAGCUGGAGGACGAGGAGACGCUGCAGCAGGCCACCUGGGUGAAAUACACGAUCCCCAUCAAGCACCAGGUGUGGAAGCAGAAGGGUGAGGAGUACAGAGUGACCGGGUACGGUGGUUGGAGCUGGGUCAGUAAGACCCGCGUGCCGCGGUUUGUUCCGAAGCUACCAGGGAACACCAACGUGAACUACCGCAAAGAACUGGAGGCAGCUAAAACGAGUAAGGAAAAUGCAGCAGCUUGCACAAAUAAGCAGAAGAAGUCGACGGAAACCGAGAAGGGGACAGCGGAUGCGGGCGGUGAACAAGCAUCCGUCGCUGAGUCGACUCAGAGCACCUCAUCAGAGGAGGACCGCAAACCUCAGACCUCUAAAGAGGAUGAAAAACCCACAGAGGAGGAGCAGCACGGAACAAAUGAAGGAGAGGAGAGAGGCGAGGAAAAAAUGGAGGUCGACCCCUCCCUAGAAACUGCUGCUUCAAGCGACGAGAAAGAUAAAGCUGAAAACGAAAGCCCCUCCCCGCCUCCUGUGCAGCCUGCGAAGGACGAGCCAAUCCAGAAAGUUGAACAACCCAAAAAGGAGGAGACCACCACAUCAAAGCCGUACUAUGAUGUCGUGAACGUGAGCGAGGGCUUCCAGCUGCGCACGGCUUAUAAGAAGAAGGUGAAACCCUCAAAACUGGACGGGCUUCUGGAGCGCCGGGUAAAGCAGUUCACCCUGGAGGAAAAGCAGAGGCUGGAGCGGAUGAGACAGGCGGCCCUGCUGUCAAAGUUAGCUGCUUCAAAGCCCGCCGCCACUGUUAAGACUGAAGGCAAACCGCAGCCUGCCGUGACUCCGUCCAUCAAAGAAGACAGCCUUCAAGUGAAAGACCAUGUGGUGAAAAAGCUUCACUUUGAGCAGGAGCAGACGGAGAUGAAAGAUGUCAAAUCAGAGGCCGCAGAACCCAACCACGGCAAACAAGCGGAGGUAAACGCCGUGCAGGGGAACGGUGGGGAGGCCUUAGAUCACAAAGAGGUGAAUGGAGGACCCCUAGCGAGCUCUGAGCUCAACAGUAAAAACAAUUGUUUAUCGGAUGCAAUAGAGAGCAAAGAAAAGACGCAGAAGCCAGAGGUGGCUCGAGCGGGAGAGAACGCCAAGAAACGAGGGUAUGAGGAAAUCGAACAAGGCGGCGGACAGAGCGACACGGAGAGCACGGAGGUCGACUCGAGCAAGACCAGUCCGGUGCAGGUGAACGGGAAAGCUGCAGACUCGGACAUCAACCAAGAGCCUCAGAAGGAGUCCGUCAAGUCUCUGAUGAACGGAAACCUCUUGCAAAACGACGUGUCCGACAAAUGUCAUCCACCUCCCCUGAAAAUGCCCAAACUUGAGAACCACGUGGCAGAGAAAGGAGACGCACUCAGUAAGAACGAGGACCUGGCCGUGAAAAGUGAGGAGGCUGCGCCCACUAAGCUUCCAUCAAGCCCUUCUUGCCUGAACAGUAACAGCAGCAGCGAAGGUUUGAAGACCACCACCACCGCAGAGCCUCAAAAUGUACCGCAGUCUGCUGUGGCGUCUCAAGCAGCAAGUAGCGAAGUCUCCUCUGGUACCACCACCAGCUCCACCAGCUCCAGAGCCGUAGUCCCCCUGAAGCCCAAAGUUCCAGUCACUGAGUCCAAGACGGGAACUCCUGGUCCAGCAGCAACCAGCUCCAUGACCAUUAGCAAAGAGUAUUCCACCAGAGACCGAGUCAGCCUUCUCCGGUUCUCCAAAUCCAAGAAGGCGCGCUCGGGGACGGCGCUGCCGUCCUACCGCAAGUUUGUCACCAAGAGCAGCAAGAAGAGCAUCUUCAUCCUGCCCAACGAUGACCUGAAGAGGCUGGCGAGGAGGGCGAGCAUCAGAGAGGUGCCCAUCUUCAACUACAACGCAAAGCCCGCCCUGGAUAUAUGGCCCUACCCUUCACCUCGACCCACCUUUGGGAUCACAUGGAGGUACCGUCUCCAGACUGUGAGGUCUCUAGCAGGGGUCAGCCUGAUGCUGAGGCUGCUGUGGGCUUGCCUGAGGUGGGACGACAUGGCCGUUAAGCCCUCCGCUAGUGUUGGGACCACUCGGAAAGAAACCACGGACACAGACAUCACGACAACAGAGAUCAUAAAACGAAGAGACGUGGGGCCUUACGGCAUCCGCUCUGAAUACUGCAUCAGGAAGAUCAUCUGUCCCCUCGGAAACAGAGACACUCCCAAAGAAACACCCACUCCGCAGAGGAAAGGCCUGCGGUCGAGCGCCUUGAGGCCCAAGAAGCAGGAGCCAGCCAAGCUGACCGGGCCUAUUGCCGUGGAGACGUGGGUGCCUGAAGAAGACAUGGAGCUGUGGGAGAUCAGGGCCUUUGCAGAAAGAGUGGAGAGGGAGAAGUCACAGGGCCUCGAUCCCUCUAAGACUGGGAGCACUCUGAAGACGGCAGAGGACGUCAAAGCCCAUUUGGAGAAUCAGCUGAAACAGGCCAGACUGGCUGCCCAGCAGAAACGUCUGGAGCAGCAGAGACCGAACACACCCGCUACAACUUCCACAACGACAACCACCACCACCUCAGCCGGCACUCCCAGCACUCCCAGCACCCCAGCGUCCAUGGGCCAGAGGACGGGCCAGUUCACGCCCGGAACCAAGAUGGUCCUGGCCUCCAAACUCGGCUCCCCGGUUUCCUUUCAGCAGGACAAAAACUUCCAUCAGUCUUUCGCUUCCUGGGUCAAGCAGGGUCAGACCAACAACGGCUCAGCCUCCACCGGCUCGUUGGCCGCCGUGGCUAGCGGCAUCACCACCUCCACCUCCGAGCAAACCUUCCAGAUCGCUGGCAGCCCAGUGACUGGCCAAGUCCUCGCCGCCAAACUCCCGCUGCCCGCUAACAGCAAGAUUGUCACGCUCAACAUGCCCACCACGCAAGGAGGUGUAGUCCAGCAGAAAGUCCUGGGCAUAUUCCCCUCUGGGCCCCCUGCGAACCUUAGGACGUACAGCACACUACAUCCUACGACGGGCAACAUCAACCUCAGAGCCACCACCUCCGCUUCAACGACCCAGCAACAGGCCAUCGCAGCAGCAGGCCAGACGCAACCCGGCACGACGAUGAGCCAGUCACCGACCCCGUCUACCUCUGUGGGCACAGCGAUGGUCCGAGGUCCAGCGUUGGCUCCACAAGGCACACCUCAGAUGGGCCGUGGCCAGCCUGUAUCCACAGCUGUACCCGGUUCUACGCCAGCGCAGGCGGCUGCAGCAGCUCAGAGAGCGGUGGGUGCUGCACCGUCACCUCACGUGGCAGCGGCAGCACCCGGACAGUCACCUGUAGCUUCCCCCCAGGCCAACAGACCACAGCAGGGUCAAGUUAAACUCACCAUGGCACAGCUCAUGCAGCUGACACAGGGUGCUCAGGGUGGAAACCCAGGUCUGACGGUGGUGAUCCAGGGUCAAGGCCAGACCCAGGGCCAGUUGCAAAUCAUCCCACAGGGUGUAACAGUUUUCCCCGGGCCUGGUCAGCAGCUAAUGCAGGCAGCCAUGCCAAACGGCCAGGUCCAGCGUUUCCUCUUCACUCCCAUGCCUCCAUCUUCAUCGGCGUCAACUUCAGCACCCACUACUGCUGCCCCUACAAAGCCCGCCGUAGCUCAGACCCCCCAGUCCCAGGGUCCAACCCAAGUCCAGACGACUCCCUCAGCCCUGGCCCAAACCCAGAUGGCUGCCCCUCUACCCACCCCGACACAUGUUACAGCCCCGGCUCCAGUACAAAUGCCACGUCUGGCCCCCACCCCAGCCUCGGUUCCCAUGCAAACCCAAGUUUCAGCUGCUACUCCAUUAUCAGUCCCCGCACAAGCUCAAAUAUCCACUCCUGUGCCGGCCCUGCCGCAUGUCGCGGCCCAGGCCUCCGCACAGGUUUUAACCUCCACACCAGCUUCUGUCCACACGCCACCCAGACCCGUGCUCGCCCCGGCACAAAAUACUGUCCCAGCAAUGUUGCAAAACCAAAUCUCCACCCUUACCCCAGGCUCAUUCCCGACACAAACCCAAACUGUUGCAACUCAGCCCCAGCUCCAGACACACACCUUCAGCCCUGCCCCGGCCUUAACCUCAGCCCUGCAUGUUACUGCUCCUGCCCCUGCUUUAGCCCCCGUAUCGGGCCUCUCCAGCACCACCCAAAUGCCUGCUUCCGCCUCUCUUCCCUCUCCCGUCCAAGUUCCAACCCCUGCUCUUGCUCCGGUGUCCGCUCCCGUCAUAGCUGUCGUGUCCACCCAAAUCGCUGUCCCGUCUCCAGCCAAAGCGCUAACCCAAAUCCAAGCCACUGCCCCGGUUCCCCUUCACGCUGCUGUGGCCAGUGCUGUUGUCACACCAGUCACUGCCACCUCUACAACACCUUCAGUGCCAGCUCUGAUCGAGCAGAGGGCAGCUCAGCCCCAGGUCUGGACUCCAGCCUCAUCUCAAGCUCAGACUCCAGUUCAGCCGGCUCAGCUGGCUGCAGCGCCGGUUCAGUCACCUACCCUGGCGACUGUACCCGCCUCUGCCCCUGCAUCAGUCUCCACACAUUCACCCAUUACGCCUCUGCCUCAAGCAUCUCUUCCUCCUCAAGCUCAAGUCCAAGUCCAGCACCCGACCGUUGUGUCCAUGCAGCAAGUGUCUCAAAUCCCAGUCUCGGCGGUGCAGGUUCAUAUGACGGGAUUGCCGGUCUCUUCUGUCGUCACAACCGUGAGACCGACGCAGCCUCAGCUCCAGCCCCAAACUCAACUUCAACCCCAGCGUCAAAUCUGUGCACAGAUUCAGGUCCAGCCCUACGGCCAAGUCCAGCAGAUGCCGCACCUUCAGGCUCAAGCACAAAUCCAAAACCACCCCCAGGUCCGGGUUCAGUUUCAGCCACAAACUCAACAACCACCUCAAUCCCAAGUACAGCCCAUUGCUCAAAAUCAACCUCAGGUGCAGUUUCAGUCCCAAACCCAAAACCAAACCUUACCCCAGGUCCAGUCCCCAACCCAGCCACAACUCCAGUCAAGGGUCCAAACUCAGUAUCACCCCCAGGUACAAGCUCCCUUUCAAACGCAGGCUCAAACCCAACCACAGGCUCAGCAACAGCCUCAAGUCCAACCUCAACCCCAGGUUCAGUCUCAGGCCCAAACUCAGCUACAGCCCCAGAUCCAAACCCAACUCCAUCCCCAGGUUCAGGUCCAGUUCCAGCAACAGAGCCAGGUUCAGCCACAACCUCAGGCCCAGCAGCAAUCCCAGGUGCACACUCAGUCGCAGGUCCAAACCCAGUCCCAGUUUCAAGUGCAGUCACCGCAGCAGGUCCAGCAACAGCUUCAGGUCCAAGGCCAACCCCAAGUCCAAGCUAAGCUCCAAGUCCAGUUCCAGACUCAGAACCAAACUCAAGUUCAAGCUCAACCUCAGCUUCAGGUCCAGUCUCCAAUCAGACAUCAGCUCAUCACGGUUCCAGGCCUCCAGCAGCCAGUCCAGCUACUCUCAGCUCUGCCACCACACGUCGCUGCCCAGAUCCAAGCCCAGAUCCAGGCACAGGCACAGCAGCAGGGCGGCACAGUUCCCCAGCAGAUCAAACUGCAGCUGCCUAUCCAGAUCCAGCAGACGGGGGGUCAGAUUCAGGCCCACCAGAUCCAGAACAUGGUGACCAUACAGGCACCAGCGAGUGUCCAGGAGCAGCUGCAAAGGAUGCAGCAACAGCAACAGCAGCAACAACAACAACAGCAGCAACAGCAACAGCAGCAACAACAACAACAGCAACAAGUACAACAAAAACCAAAGAAGAAGAAACACCAUGACGCUAAAAGGGAACAGAAAGAGCAGAACCUGCAGGCUGUGAGCCCCGGAGACGGCAUCCAGAAACAGGUGGUCGUGAAGCAGAACGCUACAGCCGAGCAGCUGAAACAGAGAAAGUCUCUGGCUGCAGCCGAGCGAGAGGAGAACCAGAGAAUGAUCGUGUGCAACCAGGUGAUGAAGUUCAUCCUCGACAAGAUCGAGAAGGACGAGAAGCAGGCAGCUAAGAAGAGGAAGAAGGAGGAGGUGGUGGAGCAGAAACGCUCCAAGCAGAACGCCACCAAGCUGACGGCGCUGCUGUACAAGCACAAAGAGCAGCUGAAGGCCGAGAUCCUGAAGAAGAGAGCCCUCCUGGACAAGGAGCUGCAGCUGCAAGUGCAGGAGGAGCUGAGGCGAGACAUCGCCAGGCUACAGAAAGAAAAGGAGAAAGCGAGAGCUGCUAUCACCCAGGCUGCAGCGGCGACGGUCAAAGCAGCCGCCUCCCACUCAUCCCAUCCCUCUCACUCGACACAUUCCUCUCACAGCUCGCACUCGGCGUCCUCGACCUCCUCGUCCCAUAAACGCAAGAGGGAAGAGGAGAGGGACAAAGACCGGAACAGAGACAGGGACAGGCAUCACGACAAAGACAAGAAACGGGACCGGGACAAGGACAGAGACCGAUACAGAGACAGAGAUAAAGAUAAAGAUAAAGAUAAAGAUAAAGACAGAGACGGGGAUCGAGAGAGGGAGAAAGAGCGGGACAGACAUCGGGACAGGGAUAGGGACAGAGACAGGGACCGAGACAAGGACAGAGACUCCAGCUCAUCGAAACACAAGAAGAAGAAGAAGCUCUCUUCUACCUCAAAAGAUCACAAGGACAGCAAACUGUACUGUAUCUGCAAGACGCCCUACGACGAGUCAAAGUUUUACAUCGGGUGUGACCUCUGCUCCAACUGGUUUCAUGGCGCCUGUGUCGGCAUCACGGAGAAAGAGGCCAAGAAGUUGGAGGACUUUGUGUGCAACGACUGCAAACGUGGUCAGGAAGGGGGAGCGAGCAACGAGGAGCUGUACUGCAUCUGCCGGACACCAUACGAUGAAUCGCAGUUUUACAUCGGCUGCGACCGCUGCCAGAACUGGUACCACGGGCGCUGUGUGGGCAUCCUGCAGAGCGAGGCCAAUCACAUCGACGUGUACGUCUGCCCGCAGUGUCAGUCGACAGAAGAUGCCAUGACGGUCCUCACGCCGCUCACUGACAAAGACUACGAGGGGUUGAAAAGAAUAUUACGCUCGUUACAGUCUCACAAAAUGGCGUGGCCUUUCCUCGAACCGGUGGAUCCCCACGACGCCCCUGAUUAUUAUCGUGUAAUCAAGGAGCCAAUGGACUUCUCCACGAUGGAAACCCGUUUGCAAAAGCGACAUUACCACAAGCUCACGGAGUUUGUGGCCGACGUGACCAAAAUCUUCGACAACUGCCGCUACUACAACCCCAACGACACGCCGUUCUUUCAGUGCGCGGAGGUGCUCGAAGCCUUCUUUGUACAGAAGCUCAAAGGUUUCAAAGCGAGCAGAUUGUCAGAUUCUUAAAGUGGGCCAGUCUGGAUGGACUGGACGCUCGGGGGGGCGUCUCUUUAAUUAAUUAUCACACGGAAACUUUUGUGUUUCCACGACAGCAAAAAAAAAAAAAAAAAUCUAAACACCACAAGAACACACAAACACCAAAUGUGCUUUCACGUUUAAACGCCACCAACUCGACGUUUGUUUUAAUUGUAACAUUGAGUUUGAUCACGAAGCGGCAGCCACGUGUCGACCACGUAAUCGAGGGACAUGCUUCUCUUCUCAUCACCUUACAAACAAAUCUGGCCUUUCUUUUCUAACGAUCAGCAGGAUUUUUAAUGCUUUGGAUUCAUUUUCUGUUAAACAUCCGACUGGAUAAUGUGUCGACGUUACCAGAUGUAAAAAAAAAAAAAACAUAAUAAAAUAAAUAUAUAUAUAAAAAGCUGCAUAUUUUAUUAUAGAGAUAUUUAUGAGAAGUUUUGUAUGUUACGUCCCUUCUCAGUUUGAUUUAGCCGGCUGUUCACGGUGGUUUGUCUUGAAUGUACAUACUUUUUAUCAUGUACAGCGGUUGUAAGAUAAUGUCUGACUCUGUAAUUUGAAUGUUUUAAAAUAAUUAUGAAUUAUUUUAGAUAGUAUUAUUUUAUCAAACUAAAAUGUACUACGAAAAGAGUCGAGGGCUCGUCCUGUUUGCUCGCUUCCUCACAAAGUAACCUCAGUUUGUUUUUUUUCUCGUGUGUGUAGUUGUGGAUGAUUUCUUCGGUAAUGAAUAAAUAAAUAAAUGAAUGAAUAAAGGCAUUCCCGGUAAAUGACACCAACAUGGCUGCAGGAUUCUCUCCCUCUCCCUUUGUUUGCAUCGUCUGUGUCUUGUCUUGUCUGUCGAGAUGUCACAACAAAUAAACCAAAAUGAACGAAGGGCGCUCUCAACUUUCCCUUCUCUCCGCAUUCUGUAGGUCUCAUAACAACAAGCUACAGUGUUCUUCAGCCUCUUAGAAAGCAGCAAACAUUGCUCAGACAAAAUGCACUUGCCACGAAUAUGGCUUUUUUUUUUUCCUCUCUGAACUGUAACUCUGUGACAGACUCCUCUGCCUCAUCCUGUGUUCGGGAUCUGCUCCUCUUGACUGUCGGUGCAAAACAAACAACAAAAAGAACCAGCACUGCUGCUUUCACCGAACUGUUCGGGGCAGGCGGAGCUGCCUUCUUGCCCCGUUGUUGAGCUCUAGUUUAUGGGGGAGGGAGAUCUUCCUUUUUUUUUUUUUUUUUUUUUUUCUGGACCUGGUCUUCAUCAGUUGGGACUGGACUUGAGGAGCGUGAACAACUUGAGGCAUUUCAGAAGAAAGUUUACCUCGGAGAAAAGACUCUUAAGGAGCUCUCAUAUUUCCAUUUUUUUGUUGUUUUUUUUAAAAAUCUCAGUCUUUUUAUUUUUUCUCUUGUUAAAAAUCCCUCGGGCCAUCGCCGGUGGUGGUCGUCAUGUCCAAAAACGACAAAUAGGAAAUUUGAAUACUGACAUUAACAGUGGCUGAGUAUCAAGAGUUUUGUGUCUAAAUUCAGAUAUCGCAGUGGAACAACGUUUUUUCCUCCCAUUUCCACUCAUCGUUCAGUCCGAAGUGGCAUGAAAGACAGUUGUACUAAAUAUCUGGACAUCAUAAGUCUGCUUGGUUAAACUUCUAUAACCUACUGAACGUACGGUAAUAAGCUAUUGUAAAUGAAAAUGCUCUGCAGUAGUGACUGACGGAGAAGGAUGAAACUGUAUUUGAAGGUUCCUGCCCUGUUUGUAAAAAAUUUGUCAGAUUUUGACUGGAUUUCUUUUUUCUUUCUUUUUUUUGUAUUACAUCUGAAGAAAUAUUGAUGUAUAUGGAACUUAAUAAAACGGAAAAGACUGA